AUGUCUUCUACACACUCCAAAAAGCAAGACAGCCUUCAGGAGCUGAGAACAGGAACUGUCCAACGACUCUCACAGCACUUCUUGCAGGCGUCGCUUUCUCAUCAACCUCCAUCCAGACCAUCGUCUUUACCGAUACGUUAUCAGCCCUUGACUAUUCCACAGACAUUUAAAAGCGAUGGAUCAUGUAGUUUAUCUUCACAUCCUCCGCCACUACCGUCGGCUCCACUUUCGUCGUCAUCAUCGCUAUCAAAUUCUUAUUUCAGACGAUAUUCAACGUCAUCAUCAUCGUCAUACUCGUAUUCACCAUUUGCAUCCACUAACUCCAAUCGAGAAUCGACAACAGGAACAACGUCAGCAGCGAUAGCAACAGCGCUUACAUACACCCCACAUCAUGCUCAACAACUCCCUACAACUCAAGUAUUUCUGCGUCCAUCAUCACCUAGCACAUCUAAAUCCCCGCCUACGUCUUCACCUUCGUCUUCAUAUCAGUCUCAGCCACUGACAUCUCAGUCAUUGCCGCCAGCAGGCUUCAUCAGUUCCAAAGACCGUAUCGGAGGCCACUCAUCGUCUUCUGUCGGGUCUGAGGACUCAUUCGCCAGCGCUCUUUCUUAUAUCGAUUCACCUAAAGAACCAGGAUCACCAAGGACGGUUCCAUUAUGGAAGCAGAUGUUGGAUGCGAUUGAACGAGAGGAUCGUGUAGAGCUGGAUAGGAUUUUACACGCGUUUGAUUUUGCUAUUGUGAUACAAACAUUGGUCACUUGGAACAUCUCCAACACUGACAACAAAUAUCGCCAUGAUCCGGAUGUGUUAUUGGACGCUCAGGAGCUUUUAGGCCCUACGGUGGACCAUCUGAAUCUAAUACAAAUUGCAUGCUUCCUAUUCAAUGAAGAAAUGGCGUUGGAUCUUUUGAACUUUGUGGCUAAGGCGUCUGAGGAAUUGGAAUCGAAAAAGAUCCUAUAUGAAUUCAUGGGCAAGAUGUGGGGCGAUGGAAAUACCACAUUGCACCUUGCGAGUUUCUUGGGUAUGGCGGAUUUGACCAAGCGACUACUUGAUCUUGGAGCAAAUGUAUACAAGAUGAAUGACCGGAAGUACAAGCCCGUGGAUUGUGCGGAUGAAAACACUACGAGAAGCUUGUUCUUGAACCUCACAGAAGUCGUGCGAUACAGAAAAAUCCCACAAGAGUCAUUACCUACAUCACCCAUCAACGACGUUGGAUCUGAUCAUACCUGGAACUCGUUUAGGUCCAUAGGACAUAUGCGAUCACCUUCAACGUCAACAUUGCCGCUCAUGAUGACAGCAUCCGAAGAUAUGAUAUCAGGGAAACAGACCAGGAGCGAAGGAGGUGAUAGUAGCAGCUCUAUGACUAGACCCGCGUCAACCUUGGGUAUUACUCACCAGUUGAAUGGGCUUUUGAUCUCAGAGACGAAGCAGGAAGGUUCCAAAGCAAAGCCGGAUGAAGGGGCCUCACACUCUUGCAGUAUCCCUAAGAGCGGCAGUGCCACAGUAAUUGAGAACCUUUUACUGACAGAAACAAAUUCAUUACAACUUCAGACCCAACAAGCCGAAGAAACUAUUCUCUCACCAGUAGUAAUCUUUAAACCAACAGCCUCUCCUGAAAAUACAACACCAUCUUUAUCAGAUUCUGCGAGAUCUUCUAGCCCAGAGCUACAGGAUAAGAGCAACAAUAGUCUUAAUAACAGCAAUAACAAUAACAGUAUUAACAUCAAAAAUAGCGAUAUCAUAGAUAGCAGUAUAAGUAAUAAGUCCCAAAAACAUACUACUACAACUACUGGCAGUACCGGCUCUACGGGCACAGUAUCUCCCAAUGAUCCUUCUUAUGCCAGCCGUAUACGACCCAAGUUACGGAGCUAUCAAUCAUCGCCUUCCAUUCGCCUCCAUGUUGAAAAGCAGAGCACAAAAGACACAACCUCAUCGGCACCAUUUAAGAAAUCCAAGAGUACAAAACGUGUCACGUUUGAUCCACAAUCGCUAAUGGCGGACGCAUCAAGGACGGGCGAUCUCUCACUCUACAAAUCCAUGCUGGGCGUGGUGCAGGAAGAAGGCAAAUCAGGGACGUUGGAACAGAUUAUCAAUCAUCAAUCCGCAUCCCGAAAACUCAGUUCACUUCAUUUGGCUGCUUCUUACAACCAUCUGGAAUUAUGUCAAUUUUUGGUCGAAAUGGGUGCUAAUAUCAAUCUGACGGACAUGGAAGGUUGGACCCCAUUGCACUGUGCUGCUGCGGAGGGUCACUUGGCCGUGUUUGACUACUUAGCCAAGAGACCCGAUGCAGAUCUACAGGCAGUUACUAUGGACGGCGAGCUUCUCGAAGACGUUGUUGAAGACGAUGAUUUGAGGCAGAAGGUGAUCGACAUCAUUGAGGCACAGUCACGGGGCUCUGAGUAA